AUGGGUAGGCAGGUUGAUUGGGCGGUCACAGUUGUUGUGGUUAUAGCUUCUCUUAAUCUGCAGUACGCCAUCAGCCAAAUACCUCCAUCACUACCUUCUUCUUCUCCGGUCAAUGCUGCUAUUCCUCCUCCUCCAUCACUACCUUCCACUACCCCCGUCACCGCUGCGAUUCCUCCUCCUCCAUCACUACCAUCGACUGCUCCUGUAACCGCUUCUAUUCCUCCUCCUCCAUCAGUACCUUUCAGUACUCCCGUCACCACUGCUAUUCCUCCUCCUCCAUCAAUACCUUCGACUCCCGUCAACGCUGCUAUCCCUCCUCCUCCAUCAAUACCUUCGACUCCUCCCGUCAGCGCUGCUAUCCCUCCUCCUCCAUCACUACCUUCCACUCCUCCGGUCAGCACUACUGCUCCUCCAGUCCCUUCUACUCCUCCUCUCAACUCCGCCGCCCCUCCCCUACCUGCUACUCCUCCUGUCUCCCUGACUGCCCCACCACUAGCUCCCGCUCCUCCGGUUAACCUCUCUGUCCCGCCUCUAGCUGCAGUUCCUCCGGUUAGCCUCUCUGUCCCGCCACUACCUUCAGUACCUUCUAUCAGCCCAAGUGUCCCACCAGUUACUAGCAACCGUUCCCAAUCCCCUGUGACCUACACCGUCGGAGACACCUUGGGAUGGACCGUCCCUCCUGGUGGCGCCGCUGCCUACACCGCUUGGGCUGCUGGAAAGACCUUUUUCGUCGGAGACACUCUUUUGUUCAACUUCACCACAGGGAACCACGAUGUGGCGAUUGUAACAACAUCAGGAUUCGAUUCUUGCAGCAACAGUAGUAUCAUCGGGUCUCUUAUAACGACCGGCCCAGCAAAAGUGGUUUUAGAUACGGAAGGAGAGAAAUACUACAUCUGCACCUUCACAAGGCACUGCCAGUUGGGUCAAAAGCUUUCGAUUAACGUCACCGGCACCGCUUCGCCGCCCAGCGCCCCAACCCCAUCCUCACCAUCUCCGCCCAACUCUGCACACAACUCUAGAAUUGGAAUCACCGGCUUCUCUAUUACCUUAUUGACCACAACCAUCUUAGCUUUUAUUCUUUAG